AUGGCUCCCGCUGAGCUCAACUACGUCGUCCACGACAAAGAGAUGCUAGCCAUCAUACGCUCCUUUAGUAACUUCCGCGCCGAACUCGCCGGCUCCCUUCACCAGGUUCAGGUAAUCACCGACCACAAAGCCUUAAACGAACUUGAGUACGAAGUAGAGAACAUCUUAGCCGUGCGCCAAACCAAGAAGCACUUCGAGUACCGCGCUUCUUGGCUCGGCCGCGAUAUUGACCUUAUUUGGUACCCCGCCUCCGACUUCAUGUACGCUCCUUUCAAGGUACGUGACUUCCACUUGGAACACAAGGAGCUCCCCGGCCCUCCCGCGAAGCUCUUCGACUGGAUCAAGGCUUAUUCGGACGGUGUUGAUGACUACGAUCACUUGAGUAGUGAUAAGGCAAUGGAUGGACGCUCGAGGACGAGCUUUUUUCGGACGGGGGGGUAG